AUGGGCCCUGCGCUAGGUCUAUUGGCCAACCGCCAGGGAGACUGUCCGGUGAUAAAUUCGCCUCCGGUAGGCGGAAGCACGCUGUCCCCUACGCCCCCUCCAGUGAUUAAUCCUCCUCCGGCGAGCUUCCCUGUGGACAGCCUCAAGGUCUGGGCGAGGGUGGACUUGUUCGGCGGCCGUGUCCACACCGAGGUCGGCGAUCCGGCGGCCAACCAGUUCUCCCAGAUGCCGCAGGGUAUAGUGGAUCCGGAGGACGCCGUCUGCCUCUGCGCCGCCAUCAAGCUCAAGCUCCUCAACGGCUCAACCUCAACGUCUACCUCGCCCUCCAGCUCCCCCUCGCCUGAGGCAAAGCUCCGCCGCCGGGCUACAUGA